CUUCAUUCAUCCUUCAAGGUAAAAUACCAUGUUUCAUGACCAUACAAGACAACAGGCAAAAUUGUUUUAUGUAUCCUAUAUUUUGCUGUUGUUGAUCUCGUAUUAUACCCAUGUCUUCUGUUCUGUCUACAUUUACUUCUAGGCAUAUUUCCCUGUUAGCAUGCAGGAGAGUUUCCACAUUCUUGGUUCUGGUACCCACACCAUCCCCCAGCAAACUGACAUCACCAUGGACAAGUAUUUGGUGCACACCAUUUAAUUUGAGCCCUUCCUGAUGACAUGAUCUAGAGCAAAAUCAAAAACCAUUGGGGAUAGAGCAUCCCCCUGUUUUAGGCCAUUGUGCACUGGGAAUGGAUCUGACAGAAGAUUACCUACACGAGCUCUACUAGAUACCCCAGCCUUACACAUCUUAACUAAUGCAACAAGUUUCUUUGGUAUUCCAAAUUCAAUCAAAAUGCCACACUACCUCUCUUAAAACUGAGUCACAUGCCUUCCCGUAGUCCGCAAAUAGGUGGUGCCCCAUUAUACUCCGACUUUUUCUCUAAUAUUUGUUGAAUGCAAAUGAUCUGCCACCCAUUGUGUCGAACAGCUGAAACGCACAAUGGGAUUACUGCUACAGGAAGCGAUCCAUCUGGCCCAAAGGAGCAAAAUGGACUCUAUUUAAUGGAGAACUACAAUACAAAUUUUAACAUAGUGCCACCAUGCCCUAACGGCGACGGAUCGAGGAGAAGUGUGGACUGAAUUCUUAAAUAUUAUUUGGAUACAGCUUCAAAGGGUUAAAGAGGAUCAUGGAAACCCAGCCUUCACAGUGUGAAUCAUGACCCAUGUGUUAACCAUUCGUUUAGGAUAUCAAAUUAUACUGAAUAUGGGUGCAUAAUACUUCAAGAUGUAUAGAGUCACUCAGAACUUUGUGACUGCGAUUACAGAUGAGAUUGCCCUGGAGGGAUUGGAUGGUAUUACAUUGGAAGGUUUGUGGACUCGCUUGUCUCAUAGACCAAACUUUACAUGUGCAGUGGAUGAUAACAGCAAAGCUUACUUAUGGAACGUAAUCAGACAGUUGGGUGAUAUUGAGAUGUAUGAACUUCCAACUCCAAGGAAAUCUCUUGUUGUGUUCAACCGCUACGAUAAUGUUGAUCCAGAGCUUGGGAUGAUUUUAGAACCAAGAUUUGUCCCAGAGGACAUCUAUCCACAUUGUCCAAUAGAGGAUAAUGUAAAGAAGAUCAGGGGAUCCUGUUCAACGUACAGUCAACGCAUUAAUGUAACUCGGAUUACAAGGAAACUUACCUUAGACCAAGCUGUUGAGCGGUGGGGUGCCAAGUUGGUACUUGUAGCCUCACAAGAUGCAAGAAACAUUGCGCUGAUGGGUCUCAAUGUUAACCCUGGUUUAGAACUGACUGUCAUGCAGUAUUGUGUUUUGGAGAGAAUUGGCCGUUCCCGUUAUAUGGGGGAGGUGACCCAAGGCAAGGUCAGCUUGCAGCUUGUUGGAGAGGAUCCAAAAGUGUUGUUCUAUCAUCGAAAAUAUCUGAUGAAAUACAAACUUAUUGUGAAACAGGUUCACCAACAGAAGUCAGGUACCCAGAAUUGUACUGGGAGUUUGCUGCAUCUUCCAAGAUUCCGAGUGGAUCGUAAACCAAAAGCUUUGUUUCUCACUGAGAGAGUUAUUGAGAUCCUUAAAACUCGUGUGAAUUUCAUAGCAGAAUAUGAAGAAAUACGUAAAGAACUGGGCCUAUCAAAUUCAUUAAAAAAGUUGUUCAAAACAUUUGAUUUUCAGCGUUAUGUGAAGACAGACCUGCGGUUGCCAUACCGUCACCUAUAUCCAUCUGCCAGCAUCUCAGAAUGGAAGCAGAAGGGCAGUGACAAAGAAAAGAGGAUUCGGGUAAUUCAGUUAAUCAAUCCGGACAUGGAUGUGCGCGAAAUAUGGACCAAGGAUGAUGAGAUAGAAGAAGAAGAUGAUACUGCAGCAGGUUUAUUGAAUACAAGUGAAUUGCUUCUUGAUCGGCCCAUUCUGUCACAAGCAUUCAAUAUUGUGGAGAAUUCUGGUCCAGAGGGCACAAGUCAGAUGGAGUUAAGUGUUAAAAUGGGUGUAUCUAAACUUCAGGCCAGAACAUUGUGCCGUAACCUGCAGAAGAAAGGCGUUGUUUCAACAAUCAUGAAUGACGUUGGCAGGCAGAGGGUGUGUAGGUACAUGUCCAAGAAAUUUGUAAAGGAAGGCAAAAUGAAUGUUGAGUUUAUGCGGGAGAAGGAAAAGAUGCUGAACCUUGUUGGACGGAAAAGGAAUAAGAAGCAGUCGACAAAUAAAGGUAAAUCAAAGAAAAUUUGCACAUCCAAGGAGAAGAAGAAUGUACAUGAGAAGAAGCGUCCUCAUGAAGAAGAAACAACAAGUAGCAGUGGUCAAAAUUUGAAGAGACUGAAAAUUGAUGCUGAUGAGACUGCAAAGGCUUCUACAGGAGGGGAAUUGGUCUCCCAAGAGGAACAAGCUGUUGUGGUUGAACAAAAAAUUGAAACCCAGAUCUUAGAAGAUGUGGAAGAUGUUCUUGGUGUUAAAGAGAGCCAGGCUAGCUUUACUGAGGAACUUCUGAAGAUGGAAUCAUGUAAUAAGGAAACUUCAAACAUCACAUAUAGGAUUCUACGGCGUGCCAAUAUUAUCAUUGAAGCUGUUAGGGCUCAUAAGGUUAUUGAUGACCUCACCAAGCUUAUGAAGCAUAUCAAUGAAGAGGAGGAUAAGGAAGGCUACAAUGUCAAGAUGGAUAAGAAGUCCUUAAUCAGACUCCUGGUGAAGCUUAGCAAAGAUGGCCAUGUGAAGGUUAUCAAGAUUGUAUUGAAAGGCGGUACCAAGGAGAAGAUGUUGAGUUUUGUCUGCGAACCUGACAUUACUACAGAUCACAGCAUAAUCCAGUCUGCAAUUGAACAAGCUAAGAUGAAGUUCUUUAUCCUUGGUAAAGACAGAGUAAUUAAACUUUGCAAUGAAGCAAAAGAAAAGGAAGAUGAGAAUUAUUCAAGUGAAUCUGUGUACAGGAGCAUGAAUGAGCUGAAGUCUAUUACAUCAAACAAGGAUAAGAUAAAAUCACAGGACUUUGUUUAUGAUAGUAGAGUUGGUAAGAAGUAUGGCUUUUCUCCAAAAUUUGUGCGGAUGCAGAUAAUGCACGAGUUUCUCUUUUACCUCAUCUAUGGCUAUGCAGGAAGUGAUAGUGUUGAUCAAGAAGCCACAAUCACUCGCCUGAGGCAAACGGAUAAUUCUGUCACUGAUGAAAUUGUAGCAGAGAUGUCCAAAAUCUACUCUGAAGAUGUGAACUGGAAAAUGUUUGUACCUCCACUUCCUAAACAUGCAGGUUGGCCUCAAGGCUGGGCCAUCAUGUGUGAUCUGCUGUUGCGUUUGCCAUUAUGCAUUUUUGUAAAGGUGUUCAAUGUCUCAUUCAUAAUCCCGGACCUAGAACAUUACUUGAUGCAUCCAAUACGCCGUCAUUAUCUUGUCCGGCAUCUGCCCUCACGCUUACGUAAUACCCUCAUAAUAGCCAGACGUUACAUCUUCAGUAUUCAUGAGGUGAUGCAGCGCCUUUGUUACGUUGGUCUCGUUCAGUUUGGCCCUCAGCGCCUCAAGGAAAAGGAUCAGGUUUUUGUGUUCCUUAACCGCAAGACAACAUUAUUAGACACAACAUCUUCAAGACCAAGCUAUCAUCAGGUGUCGGACGAUAUAAUAUAUACUGAACACAGAUAUGAGUUUCAUACGUUGGGUGAUGUGGACAGAUACUGGUAUGAGAUGUGGAACUUCUGUAUCCAUACACAGUUGGGGGGCCGGAUAUGCGUCACUGGGAAGGACAUAGUGCUGGAAGUGCUGCAGAACAAGCAGGCCAUGAUAGACGCUAUUCAACCCAGAUUUCCAGAAGAGGCUCCCGACCUAGACACUGGGGAAGUGCCAGGAGACAAGAGAGGAGCCGCUGGACUCGACUCUGCGUUCUUCUCUCACCUCAAGAGGAACUGGAACUGGACAAACAACACGGCGUGUAUUACCCCAGUUAAUAACAAUGAUGCAUUACCGGCAGUUAAACCCCGUGUACAUGAACAGAGGAAGGCACGGCUAGCUAGUCUCAAAACUGAACCACUUCAGUUUGGUGAAAUCUUUCAGAAGCCCCAAGAAAAAUCUGCAAACGGAACUUUUCCUGCCAAGAAGAGACGUGGAGGAGGAGGAAGUCGCAGAGCUGUAGCAAAGAAAGACACUCCAGGAGGACGCAAAGGUCCAAAGAAAAAGAAAGUCGUUCGGCAUGUCCUACCGCGCAAGACGAGAAGUGUUCACAAGCCGUAUUAUGAUGAGGUUGAUAUCAAGGCUCUCCAGCUCAUGAGCAAGUUGCGUGUGGAAUGGUCUGCAUCAGAGGACAAUGUGCUGUUGCUCUGCAAGGUUGCCAGCAUGUACUUGUGCCCUGUACCCCGCAAACAGAUUGUCACCUUCCAAAUGAUACGGGAUCAUCUGCAUAAGACAUGUCCUGCUUCUCACAAUAAAACAUCUCGUGCUUGUCAGCGUCGGAUUUUGUACAUGAUGAAGAAUCCAGCUACUGCUCACAGUGUUGCCCUUCACUUGGAGGUUGUGAGACAGGACCCAGUCAUUGUCAAGCAGUUUGAGAAUACAAUUCAAGAGUUACAUAGAAGGACUGACAACACAGAAAAUUUGGAACAAAUGACUGCUGAGAAGUUUAAGACUUUGGUUAGUGUUCUACAGCGUAAAUUUAAUCCUCAACCAUCAGACUACAAAGUGUUGUAUGAGAUAAUCCCAGAGUCACCAGUAGAAUUCAGGAAGGAGUAUGAGUUAUUGUAUCCUCCAGCAACAGUUAAAAGAAAAGGAAGUUUCCAGGACGUGAAAAAUGUGGUGGACAUCUACUGUGCCGUUGUGAAUGCUAUUAUUCAUAGCUCACUCUGUUGUGUUUCGGACAAAACCUCAUACACGUACCAGCUGUUUCAAGUUUACCAGCAGUAUCCUGAUAACCUGCUUCGCUCUGCCAUGGCCAAGAUUCGUUCUGACCAGAUGGUUUCUCUGAAGAAGAGUUACAUACGUCUGAAGCAGAAAACUGGAAACUUCUUGCCCGUGUCAUCAUCUCCUUAUCAGCUUUCUGUGAGCUACAUGUACCAGCUUCAAACAAAAUAUCAGCAUGAGAUUUUCUAUCAGAGCUACUUGAUGGCGAAGAAGGUCUGCACGUGGCUCGCUGAGCACGAUCACGAUGCUGCUACGCCAGGCCUAGAAGCCGUGGUGACAAAUGGUGGUAUGGCAGCUGCCCUCGUCGAGUUGUUCACUCGGAAACAGAUGACUUUUGAGAUAGAAAUUCCAGAGCAAGUCAUCAUUCUAGAUCCCAGAGUGUCAGAAAAGGAUGAAACGUACGCAAGAAUUGUUCAGAGAUACUGUGACAUUCUGCGGACAUACAAAACUGGAAAAGAGCUUGCCACAUCAUCGCUUCUCUUCAAGAAACCGUACUUGGAUCUGAUGGAAGCAGAAGAUGUGCUGUCCAAGGAAGGACACUUGCCAUCAGCAGCAAGAGAUAUGAACGCUGAUCCAGAGGACGGCGACCCGGACGAUGAUGAGCUGGAUGCAGUGGAAGAUCUGGAGGAACAUCCAAGUAAUGUAAACCAGCAGACUGCCAUUGCACGAGCAGCAACAAGAAUAGCCCUCUACAUGAUGCGGGAAGAACUUGGAGAAUCUGACAGAUUAGGAGUGAAACAACAUGCUCAUGAUUUUUUUGUUGUCAACUCAUGCAAAGUGUAUUGUAAGGUGAAGGUUUCUGCUUCCAGUGACACAAAUAUGAAUGGCAUUUCAGAAGUAGAGAACACUGCAUCUACUGAAAGUGUGGACAAUCAAGGUCACUUAAAAAUGGAUGUAAUUCAGAGGAAAGUAAGCUCUGACAAGUGGUGUGAAGGGAUUCAAAGUGGAGCUGUUUUAAGCGGAGAAGCAUGCUGCAGUAAACAGCAAGCAGAUGUGGCAGGUAGAAACCAAGGUGAUAUCAGUUCUCCAAGCAGUCAGUCCGUCGAGAAAGAAACAGUAGAUGUUAUGGGUACAGAUGAAACUAAUCGGGACAAAUGGGGAACGGUACAAAACAGUGAAGCCGAUCAAGGUGGAAAGCAUGUCUCAGAUCAGAGCCAUGCUUCUGCAACUGAAAUUAAACGCACUGGCAGUCAUGCUUCAGCCUCACAGGGGCUUGAUGCCUUGAUGCCGAUAACACGCAAAGAUGCGAUGAAGGUGUUGGAAGAAAUCAACCGCAAUUUGUUGGUGUCAGAUGAACACAUAACAGAGAAGGAUGUCGAAGAGUUGUUCUUUUCGUCUGGGGCAACAGAUUUAGACUGGGAGAAAGCUAAAGCUGUAUUGACCUUUGUUAUGGAGAGGAAAGAGAUUGGAGCUACUAUGAAGGAGUUAAGGAAAAAUUUCUGUAAGCCCAAAUCUUUGAUGUCAUUGGCUGAGGUCCUGGCAUUAUUGACCAAGUCCCAGGCAUUGUAUCGUUCAGGUGUGACAACUGUGCAUUACAUAUAUCACAUGUUCAUGAAACCAUGGCUGGUCCAUUCGUACAAACUGUUGCGACUGGAACGUGAGAAACAGCCGGUCGCCCCACAGCUCGCCAUGAUGAAGAUGGCUGCUCAAGACAGCCAGGAUUGUCCUGAGAAGCAGUCUGAGAAGACGCAUGAGAGGAUACGCACUUGGAGACGUCGAAAAUUGUUUGCUGCCGCUCGGGAAGUUGAACGAGCUGUGCAGACCCUGCAUUUAAGUGGAUCGGAGAAGAUACAUGUGGCGAUCAGACCGUGGGUUCGAGUUGAUGGAUCUCUCAACAGGCGGGUCCUUGAUCGCAUGCUGGGGUCAGUUCUAGGUCGUUCCAUGUACACACCUGGAAUCUCAAUCAAAGGCAUAGCAGAGCACUUCAGUCCAGCACUGCAGCCCUACCAAGUGAGGGAACUAAUUGAGGUUCUGCAAAUGCUGGGAUGUGUGAAGCUGUCAGUGGUGAAGAAAUCGUGUAGGACGACACUUUUCUCAAAACCAUCUACUGUGAAUUUAAGUCCUGCAGAUGGGACAGAAGAUGAAGCAAAAAUUAUUCUGGAGCCACAACCAGAUGCUGUUUUAAGGCUGGGUCAGUUUAUUGGUGAUAAAGUGUAUCAGCGUGACUUUCUGAGUUCAUAAUAAAUAAUAUUGUGUUAUAAAUUUAUUGUAUGAUUGUUAUAAUUGUAUUUUAACAUUCAGAAGAUGUGUGAUCAAUGUAAAUAGUUCAUGUAAACAAAUUUUGUGAAAUUUAUUUUUGUGGCAUUUGUUCCAAGUUUUUCAGAUCAAGUGGAAGGUACUUGACCUUAAAACUGUGUAGCAAUAAACAGCACUGAAAGUUUGAAAUAGAAUAAUAUGCACAAUGUUAUGCCAUUAAUGUUGUUUAUAAAUAUAAGUAAUUCACUUGUAUGAUA